UAAUCAAUAAUAAUUUUCACAUCACAGACUAAAAUAUCCAUUUCAAGAAAGAACAAAAAAAAAAAUGUUGAGGAACGCAACAAAGAGGAUUCUAGGUGGGUUUGAAACCAGGGCGGCUCAGGCGCAGGUGCGGUGUUACCAUGAGAGGGUGGUGGACCAUUACAACAACCCCCGAAACGUGGGUGCGUUUGACAAGAAUGAUCCGACUGUUGGAACAGGGCUAGUCGGUGCACCCGCGUGUGGUGACGUCAUGAAGCUGCAGAUAAAAGUAGAUGAAGAAACAGGAAAGAUAACGGAUGCUUGUUUCAAGACUUUUGGUUGUGGCUCCGCUAUUGCCUCUUCUUCUGUUGCUACUGAAUGGGUUAAAGGAAAACAGAUGGAAGAAGUUCUGACCAUCAAGAACACAGAAAUUGCAAAACACCUUUCCCUUCCUCCUGUGAAACUCCACUGCAGCAUGCUUGCUGAAGAUGCCAUAAAGGCGGCAGUCAAAGAUUAUGAAACCAAGCGUGGUAAAUCUGUUGCCAAUCCUUCCGUGAAGGCGGCCGAGGCUUGAUUAUACCUGUCUGGGUAUCUAAAACAGAGAACUCCUCGUGCCCUUGAAUAAUGCUCUUUUCCUUUUCUGUAAUCUGUAUUCUGCUCUCUUUUUAUUUAUUUUUUAUCUUCUUUUUAGUGUGAUAAAAAGUUAAAGAUUUGAGGAGAUAUUUCAUAUGUAUGUAUUGAAUCAAGAAAAUCUUUCGACUGUUGUGUACGUUUGGUAUAAAAAUUGUGUUACCUUUCUUUA